GCCAGUGAACAAAAAAUGAUACCUAAAAUAAUUUCGUUUGGUUAUAAAAAUUACGAGGUGGUCAACACAAAACGGUUUGCAGUAUGCAACACAUGCGGUUCGAAAAUUACUGAUGGAGAGGCAACAACUUCCAACUUCGUCCGACAUUUGAAGUUGCACAAAGAACGAUUUCAAGAAUACCUGAUGAACAAAAGCAUCACAAAUGGACCACAACAGCCUUCAAUCUCGCAGUUCCUGGACAAUCGUGUCGGGCAUUACAGUAUGACUCAUCCACAGCAGAAAGCUAUCACCAAUGCAAUACUGUCUGACUUGAUUAUUGAUUGCAACUUGCCCCUGUCUAUUGUGGAAAACAAGAGUUUUCGCCACUUUCUGACAGUACUUGACAGCAAGUACACCCCAGUGUGUCGCAGAACACUGACAUCAAAAACAGAGAACCUCACUGAAGAAAGACGAUCAAAAUUAAAAACUCAAUUGAGCCACACUGACCAUGUUUCAGUGACUGUCGACAUUUGGUCUGACCGAAAGAUGAGGGGAUUCCUCGGUGUCACUGUGCACUGGAUGGACAAAGAGGCAGAGAGGAUACAGCUCAAGUCCAAUCUCUUGGCUUGUGAGCGCUUCAAAGGCUCACAUGCAGCUGAACGAAUCUGUGACAAAUUUGAGGCUAUAUGUGAUGAAUACAACAUUAAAGCUAAACUGGACUACAUUAUUAGUGACAAUGCUGCUAACAUGCGAAAAGCAUUCACUGUGUGCUUCCCCAGUGAACAAGAGGAUGACGAUGAUGGAGAUCAUCUGGAUGACCCUGAGCUCUGGUGUGAUUUAACCGUGGAAGAUCAGCAAACGGUAGAUGUUGCUAUGGCAAAGAAAAAGCGCUUGCAGUGUUUUGCACACACUCUUCAGCUGGUGGUGGGAGAUGGUUUGAAAGAAACAAAAGUGGUAUCUCCUUCUCUUUCGAAGUUAUCUAAACUCAGCUCACUGCUGCACACAAGCACAACAUUCAAAGAUGUGUUUGAUGCUGAAUUUGGGGAACAGAAAGGCAUCCCUGCUGCAGUCAACACAAGAUGGAACUCAACACUGAGGCAAGCGAAGGCUGUUCUCCAGUGCAAUCAUGUAAGGCUCUGUGCUGUUCUAGAAAAGGCUGGGCACAGGGAGUUGUCAUUCACAGCACGGGAGUGGAAUCUGUUGAAAGAUUUGGUGGACAUCUUGAAGCCAUUUGGAGAAGCAACUGAUUUGACACAGGGGGAGAAGGUCAUCACAAUCAGUGCUGUUGUUCCAUCCAUCUUGUCCCUCAACCACCACCUUGAGAAACUGAAGCCUCAGGUCUGUUUUCUGAGCGGCCUGGUCAGAAGUCUCCAGACAUCCCUGAACAAAAGAUUUCUUGGAAUCUUCAUCAAUGUGAAAAUGGCCAGGACACAAGAUGGGAUCACUGCUCCCUUUUCAGAUCCAGUCUACCUCAAAGCAGCUGUCUUGGAUCCAGCCUUUUCUCUGUUGUGGGUGGAGCCCCAUGUGCUGGUCAGUCGUGACGUCAAGGCAGAGGUGGCACAACAGGUUAAAGAAUUGAUCCUGCAAGAUGCUGCAGAGACUGAGCAACCUGCGCCUCUUGUUGAUGAAAAAGAGCAAGGGGACCUUGGAGAAGGAGAAGGGCUGUUUGCUGCUUACCACAAGAGACAGAAGAAGGAUGUUGGGACUACUCCAGCACUACAGCUAAGUCACUACCUUGACAUAGCUGAAGGACAGAAUGCCCUUUUGUUCUGGGCAUUGAACAUGAACACUCUUCCUUCACUGUUCCGAGUGGCCAUGAGAGUCUUGGCAGUGCCUGCCUCCAGUGCUCCAGUGGAGCGAGUUUUCAGCCAUGGUGGCAUCAUACUACGCCCCCAUCGUGCACAAAUGACUGACAGACUCUUGGCCAAUUUGGUCUUUUGCAAAUGCAAUGCAGCAUAUGGCCCUGACAUAUAAAAAGUACAACCUUUUUGUUAUGUUAUAUGUCAUGUUUUUUCAAUGUUAACACUUUUGCACAAAUAAGUACAGUUGCACUUUAUUUUUCAAAUGUGUUUAUUCUGUAAAGGAAUGAGUCAAAUGUUUAAAAUGACUGGUUAAUAGUGCUAUGAUAAAGUGCAAUGUCAGCACAAUUUUCUUUCCUGCAAUUUAAAAUGC